AGCAGCGUUGACCCGCAGGCGGUGCCGUCAUGUCCCUGACGGAUCAGCAGUGGUGUCCCACGAGCGUCCAGGUAACGGUGCUCCAAGCCAGAGGCCUCCGGAUCAAGGGGAAGAGCGGCACCAACGACGCGUACGCGGUCAUGCAAGUGGGCAAGGAGAAGUUCCUGACGACCGUGGUGGAGAAGAGCGUGACUCCGGUGUGGAAGGAGGAGGCCACCUUCGACCUGCCGCAGCUGCUGCAGGGGGGAGGAGGAGGACCUGACCGGAGCACCCUGCACGUCCAAGUCCUGCACCGGGCCCUGGUGGGUCCAGACAAGCUGCUGGGUCAGGCUGUCAUCUACCUGUUGCAGCUCAGUGAGGACAAAAGCCGCAACAAGACGGAAUGGUUCAAGUUACUGGACAAGACCGGCAAACCAGACAAAGAGCGAGGAGAGGUGCUGCUGGACAUCCAGUUCAUGAGGAGCAACAUGACCGUCAGCAUGUUUGACCUCUCCACAGCAGGAAAAUCCCGCUCUCGCCUGGGCAAGAUCAAGGACAAAGUUCGUGGCAAGAAAAAAGAAUCGGACUCUGCCUCGGGCGUCGCGCCAUCAUCCCUAACUCAGGUACUGACCGACAGCGAAGAAGAGGAGGCAGCCAACAGAGAUGCUGAUGGAAAGGAAGCCAAGGAUGGAAAAUUAAAGAAGCACAAGUUGAAGUCUUUGUUCGCUCCCAAGUCCAACUUGAAGAAAAACAUGUCUCAGUCCAUGUCUGUUCUGCCGGGGACAAACUCCUCGCUGAGUGGCAGCCCAUCAGCUCUGAAUGUAGACUCCUCUGAAGGGAAAAAGAAGUUCAAGUUCACGCUGCAUAAACGCUCCGGUAGUUCAGACGGUAAACAUAUCUCCGUUGGGCAUCAAAAACCGGUUCCUGUGGAACAGAGCAACCUCUGCAUCAACGGCAGCCAUAUUUACUGCGAUGAACCGCCGCCUCGAACGUCUCGCACCAGCUCCAACUUCAGCCUGACCAGUUCAGGCCUCGGAUCCAUGGAGGAUGUCCCUGAAAGCUCUCCUCCGUCUGUGGAAUCACUGGAAGCAGUGAGGGAGUAUUCACCCUGGAUGGAGGAAGAGGAGGAGGAAGAGGAGGAGGAGGAGGAGGAAGCAGUGAAUGUAAAGGAAGAUCUGAAUGAGUUGAGAAAGGAGGAAGAAGAAAGAAGAAAGAUGGAGGAUGAAGAGAGACGGAAAAAAGAGUUGGAGAAAUUGGAAAACGAGAAGCUGAGACGAGAGGAUGAAAUGAGAUUACAGGUUCAAAAGGAGGAAGAGGAAAAGAGAGAGGAAGAAAAAGAGAUGCUGAGACAAGAAGAGCUGGAGAGGUUGGCUAAGGAGAAGUUAAGACGAGGGGAGGAAGAGAAUCGAAAGGCUGAAGAAGAGAGGGCUAAAAGGGAGGAAGAAAAGAAAAGGGAAGAAAAGAUGCUGAGACAACAAGAGUUGGAGAGAUUGGCUAAGGAGAAGUUGAAACAAGAGCAAGAAGAGAGACGAAAGGCUGAAGAAGAGAGGGCUAAAAGGGAGGAAGAGGAAAGAAAAAGAGAGGAAGAGAGGCUGAGGCAACAAGAGGAGCUUGAAAGAUUAGCUAAUGAGAAGUUGAGACAAGAGGAAGAGGAGAGAAGGAGGGCUGAAGAGAGAAUAAAAGUUCAAAGGGAGGAAGCGGAAAGAAAACAAGAGGAAGAAAAGAUUGAAGAGAUGAGACGACAAGAGGAGUUGGAGAGGUUGGCUAAAGAGCGGUUAAGACAAGAGGAGGAAGAGAGAAGAAAGGCUGAAGAGGAGAGAAGGAAGGAAGAGCAGAAAAUAUUGGCAGAAGAAAAGAUGAGAGUUGAGGAAGAAGAAAAGCAAAGAGAGGAAGAGAAGGCCCUAGAGAGAAAAAAAAAGGAAGAAGAGCUUAGAUUGGCUGAGGAAAAGAGACUGAAGGAAGAAAAAGAAAGAGUUAGAAGAGCAAAUGAGAGGUCUGAGGAGGAGAGGAGACGAAAAGAGGAGGAGGAGGAGGAGCUUGUGAGAAAACGUGAAGAACAAAGGAAACGAAGGGAGGAAGAGGAGCAGGCUAGGAAAGAGAGGGAAGAACAUGAGAAGCUGAUGGAAGAAAAGAUGAGACUCGAGGAAGAGAAAAGGAUUGAGGCAGAAGAGAAAUUUAGAAAAGAGGAAGAGGAAAGGGCAAGGAUGGAGGAAGAAAAAAUGCAGAGAGAGCAGGAGAGGAGGAGGAGAGAGGAAGAGAUGAGACGAGAAGAGCUUGAAAAGUUGGCCAAGGAAAAACUGAGACAGGAAGAAGAAAAGAGGGAGGCUGAAGAAAGGGCUAAAAAGGAGGAAGAAGAGAGGAUUCAGAAAAAGAAAAGACAAGAGGAAGAGGAGAAAUUGAGAAAAGAGAAGAAAAGAAAAGAGGAGGAAGAAGAGGAGAGGCUUGGAAAGGAAAGGGAAGAAAAUAAGAGACUAGAAGAGGAGUGGAGGAGACUGGAUGAGCAAGAAAAGAAGAGGAUGGUGGAAAAAGAAAAGGAAGAACAAGAAAAGAUUAAGGCAGAGGAGAAAAAGCAAGAGGAGGAAGAAGAGAAGGCUAGAAAAGAAAAAGAACACAAGAGAUUAGAGAGUAGGAGGAAACGUGAGGAACAAGAAAAGAGGAGGAAGGAAGAAGAGAGGAUUAGGAGGGAGGAGAUGGAAAUGAAAGAAAAUGAAGAAAAGCAAAAGAAAAACAAAGAACAAAAAGUUACGAAGAAAAAUAUCAAAAUAAAUCCUGCACUAAUUUCCACAAAUCCUUUUGAUGAAGACUUUUCUCCUGAGUCGUCGUCCAGCUGCGCUCCUGAAGCUCUCAGUGAAGCUGAUCAGCAAAGAUGUCAUUCGGCUGUCCCAUCAGCGCCGAGCAGCGCCGCGUCGACUGAUGAAAAGGACUUGAUUAAUGCUCAGCAGGAAAAAAGGCUGGCUCCUCAACCUCCAGGAAGGAAUCAGCCCGAGAGACGGAGACACGAGGAGGAGGAGGAUCUGUCUACACAUCUGUCGCAAAUUAACAAGCAGAGCAAAGAAAAUGAUGUCAGGACUGUCGGCGUUCCUCUCCAGCGCUCGGUGUCAUUGAUUGCUCCGCUAAGUAGACUUUCCAAAGAUGUACACGAUGAGACGCUGAACAGUUGCACCAAAGUAUCAACCACCAAACGCCCUGCACCGUCCAGACCUUUAUCUAAUGAAGAGCCGUCAUCCACUGACAAAACCUCUGUCAGAGCUGUGUCUAAGAUGAAACCAGUCAAAACUGGUAAAACCUUAAACCCAUUUGAUGAUGACGAUGAUGUAACGACCUCUACUAGUACCGGUCCAUUUCCCUGGCCCCCUGCAGAACCACAAACUGUUGACAGAGAUGCUGCCUCCCAAGCAAAAGUCAAAUCCUCAAAGAUGGCUCGCGCUCCUGCACCUCCUGCUCCGAACGGCUCCUCGUCAAGCACUUUGAUCCAUCAGGACGAUGGGGAUCCACUUAGACGUGGUCCAGGCCUAACCACGCCAAUUGAAGCAUGUGACCCAGAUCCUCAGGGCAAGAGUUGCGUGCAGGUCCAGGAGAGUCCAGAUAAAACCACUCAUUCUACAAAGGUGUUGAGCACGAUGGUGGCAGGUGUGAAAGAGGAGGGGCCUCCUGUAAAUUCACGCAGACUUCAAACAGUAAAACCUCUUAAUACCCUGGAACAGCAGCCUGCAUCCGUUCAAGAAGAAAAUAAAUCCACAGAACUUGACUGCAACAGAGUUCAGCACAACACAAAGGUUGACGCUGUGAAUACAGGGCCGUAUUCUCAGCUGACUCGGGAGGAACUGAUCUCUUUGGUGCUGAAACAGGAGAAGCAGCUCGCCGACAGAGGCAAAAAGAUAUCGGAGCUGGAGCAGUACAUUGAUGACUUGCUUGUGCGCGUCAUUGAAAUGCAGCCAACUCCUCAUGAAAACCUCGGCUUUCAAAGACUUGCUGAGCUCAUUAGAACUGGAGUCUGGUUUGAGGUGGACCUCUUCAACUGA